AUGGACGUCCUCCGCCGCCUGUCACCCGACGCCUUCAAGGACUCGGCCAAGUUCAAGAAGCCACCCGUGCCAUGCAAGCAUUUUGACGUCCGUCCCAUCAAGAUUGAAUGUGACAACGACGGUGUUCCCCAGUUCAACGACAUGGGCAAGAUUUCCGAAACCAAGUUGAAGACAGACCUCGCUGCCCCGACCCCGGCUCCGGCAACCGCGCCUUCGCCUUCGCCUUCGCCUUCGCCUUCACCCGCACCCGCAACAACGCCUUCAUCGGCGCCCGCACACAUCUCUCCGUCUCUGCAGCUCGUCGUCAUCGACCGCGGCGGCGACGAUGACAUUGACAUGGCCAAGGAACGAUUCCUCGAGCUCUUUGACGACUUCGACAUCGAUCCCAUCAUCCUGCAGCAGAUCGCCUACAGCAGCUACGGCUUCCACCACUACGACGAGCCCUAUCGCGGGACCUACAGCUUCUACAUUGGCACCUACGUCUUUGCGCUCGCCUGGUCCUUCAACCCCGCCACCAUGAAGACGCACGCCAUCCUGCUGCUGCGCAACACGCCCGUGCUCCUCCACGGCACGCUGGCUCUGACGAGCAUCCAGAAGACGCUCAACCUGUACAGCCGCUGCAUCCACUCGCCCUUCUUCCUCCUCUUCGUCGUCUUCAUCAACCUCUGCCGCAUGUCGCAGUACGCCAUCCACACCAUCGUCACCGACCUGCGCAGCGUCGAGACGCUGACGGGGCAUGGGCCCGGCAACGGACCCAUCGCCAUGGACAACCAGGGCUACACCCAGCCCACGAUCGAUAAGCUGUCGCGGGCCGCCCAGAACGUCGCCAACACGCAGGUCCACAUUGCGAACCUCGUCCGCCACGACGCCUACAUCAAGGACAUGGCCCAGUACCUCGAGCAGCCCGGCCUCGUGUCCAAGUGGCGCGACCUCGCGCCCUCGGCCCUCGCGACCCCCUGGAACCUCGCCUUUGCGACCCUGAGCCCCCAGGUGCCGCCUCUGAAGAAGCUCACGAGCGACCUGACGCCGUCCCUGCGCUACCUCGAGACCCGCGCCGGCUGCCAGUCCAGCGUU